UUAGCUCGGUACUAGCCCCUCGAGGCAAUCUGACCCUAGACGUGAUACGAUAUAAACAUAACCCUCAAAGCUGGUCCAUAGCCAGAACGCUUGUCCUACUCGUCAUGAUGUCGGAAGUUAUGAGUAUGAGGACGCUCUGUUUGGAACUAGAGUCAGUGCGCGACCGCGGUGCUAUGAUGCGGUACGGCCAAGUUAGUGAACCACUCAGCCAGCUCGCGACUCCGUGCUACCGGUCCAGCGUGUGGAACACAACUUGCCAUAGAAUUAUGAAGAUGGAGGCUGAACUGGAGGGUUGCGAGGAGGACUCAGAUUUACUGGAAGAAGAACAAGAAGAAGAGGAGAGAGAUCCUAAUUUCGUGGAGGAUCGCUUUCGUGUAGAUCGCCGCAAGCUCGAGCAAAUGCUACAAGCCGCAGUUGAAGGAAUGGGUGAGACAGGCGAGCAAUUCUUCCAAAGGAUCAUGGAAGAAACAACAACUACCAUAACAUGGCCGUCAAAACUCAAGAUCGGCGCAAAGUCAAAAAAAGACCCUCAUAUCAAAGUGGCAGGUCUACCAGACUCUGUAAGAAUGGCCAAAGAGAAAGUCAUGGCUGUUCUGGAUACAAAGUCAAGCAGGGUAACACUGAAAAUGGAUGUUUCUCACACCGACCACUCUCAUAUAAUUGGCAAAGGAGGGUAUAACAUAAAGAAAGUGAUGCAAGAUACAGGAUGUCAUAUCCAUUUCCCUGACUCUAACAGGGGGUCAUCAAGUGAAAAAAGUAACCAGGUCUCAAUUGCUGGCCAGCCUCUUGGCGUAGAAAGUGCUCGCCUCCACAUCAGGGAAAUGCUUCCACUAAUCCUCACAUUCGAGCUGCCAUUGACGGGAAGGUCGCCGAUGGAUAAUAACACUAAUGUUAUCCAGCGAAUUGGCCAAACUUACAACGUAGCCAUCUCUUUUAAACAGAGACCACGCUGUGCGAGUCAGACAGCGAUUGUGAGAGGAAGCCAACAGCACGUACCCGCUAUCAAGGAAGCGAUCAAGAGGCUCGUUGAGCAUUUUACCGGCAGCAUAGCGUCUGCGGUGCCCGUCAGCAUGCAAAUAGACAUCGCUCCCCAACACCACUUGUUUAUCAUCGGCAAAAAUGGUGCCAACAUCAAGCACAUCACCCAGCAGACAGGAGCAAGCGUGAACUUCCCAGACCCCAACGGAACGCAACGUAAAGGGGUUGUUUUCUUGAGUGGGUCAGUGGAAUCUGUCAUCUGUGCACGCGCACAACUGCUGGACUGUCUGCCACUUGUCUUGAUGUUUGACCUUCGAGAAGAAGAUGGUGAUAUUGACGCGAUGCAAUUAAACAAAGUGAUGGAGCGAUAUGAUGUCUUCGUCAGCGUCAAACCGAAGCCAAAACAACCCAGCAAGUCUGUGAUUAUCAAGAGUGCCGAGCGAAACGCGAGGAACAUCUACUUGGCAAGGAUGGAGCUCUUGGGACUGGACAACAACGAGAACCGCGCCGUGUCCCCGACCUAUUCCUCCUCGUCCUCCCUGUCCCCUGGGGACCUGGACAGACCCUGUUACCCGGGAGUCCUUGAUUUAUCACCCACCUUGCCUUAUGGCAAUGUGAUGAAUGGCAAGACGAGUCCUUCGCCUCCGCCAAACUCGUGGUUCCCCACGACCGCGCCGUCUCCACAGCACAAUACGAGUACGUCCCUUAUCCGAACAUCAGCUCCUCAGUACAACUACCUGUCACCAAGCCCCCCACCCCUUCCUCCCCCAGGACUUGGACCACCUAACACUAUUGGAGUGGUGCCGACUACAUACGGGGAUUUCACGACGUCACCAGGCUACUGCAGCAUCGACAGCGCGGGCUCAAUUUUGAGUGGAACCACCUCACCUGUUAAGACGACAGUAAGUCCAAUUGGCACUAGGUCACAAAGUCCAUUCCACAACGUCCGAAGUCCAGUCAUGGACCAUCGACCAAGCUCUUCGGGCAGCUCUAGCCCCCGCAGCCCUACAGUAGGGAGUCCCCCGACCAUACAAGACGACGCUUACACGACCUCUCGCAUGCGGAGCGACAGCGAGCUUGAAAAACUGCUAUCACAUGCUGGAAACAGUUCUACAAAUGGGAACAUGCUCACGUCCGAACGACAGACUGUCGAAAUACUGUCUGGAGCAAAAAAUGUUUCUCUUCACACCAGUGACUCAGGCGAAUCGGAAAGUCUCAGCUCAUCACUUCGUUCAUCACUAUUCAACAAGCUGUUAUUAAAUCAUCCUCAUUCCAUUCCACCGAUUGACGAAUAUGAAAGGAAAAAGGAGUUAGCAUCUAAAGCUAUGCAGAAAAAAGUUCACUUUCCUGAGGUCCGUGUCCCAACAAACUCAUGGAGUGGCCUCGGCUUCUCCAAGUCCAUGCCGGAGUCUGCCAUCAAGGAAUUGCUUGAGUCCAAGGGACGGAACCAGGGAGGAAACAUGCUACCGUACACUCCAGUGAAUGGAACCCUACAUGAACAUCCUUUCUCGCCAUCUUCUCUCAUGCCUGAUCAGCCAACCACAAGAGAGUCACGGAGCUACAGCACGUCAUCAUAUGAGGUUCACCCCCCGAAUGACCGAAAAGAAGCAACAUUCAGCCCUACUGUGGGGGAAUGGAGUCGAGGCUCUUACUCUGGCGCUUCUUCGCACCCACCUACCACAGAUUUGCAGAGUUUAUUCGACAGACUUGGUCUAGCUAAGUACUUUGGCAAAUUCCAAGAACAAGAGAUUGACCUUCAGACCUUCAUGACAUUAACUGAAGAUGAUCUCAAAGAGAUUGGUGUUUCCACGUUUGGACCAAGGAGAAAGCUGCUAAUGGCUAUCUCAGACUUGAACAACAAACAGCAAGACGCCAAACAAUCAACCAGCCCUCGCAGUACGAGUCCGUCCCAGUCCUACUCGGAUGACAACUCCUCCCAAGACCACGCCUUUCCAAAGCGUCUUCAACUGAAUAUUGCUAGUCAUAGUGGGAGGUGGUGAUGAGGUCAUAGUGGGAGGUUGUCAUUCAUUUGAGGUGGUGAUGACGUCAUUCAUUUAUUAGGAAAAGUAGGGCUUCAAGGAUUUCGGAAUACGUUGAGAAAAAUGAGACAAUAUAAAAGCGGCCAGUAGUAAAGCCGAAAUUUGAAUUAUCCGAUAUCACAAAUUUAUAAAAAAAAAAGACCGUUCCCAUAAUUGUUAAUGUAUUGGUAAUAUAUAAGUACGAAAAAUACUAAUUGAUUUUUUUUUUGGAAAAAAAGAACGGGAACGAAGCAUUUUCUGGGUCCUAUGGAUCUAUUUAAAGAGACAUUUAAAGUAAUUAUUGUUAUUAUUAUCAAAACAUUCGCAGCGAAAAGGUUUAUGCAUAAUGAAAAUCUAGAAUAUAGUAUAUAUUUCCCUGAUUUACUCUUGGAGGAAGUGCACCUACGGUGUCACGCAAGAAACAUAUGAUUGCGUGACAGAGCACUGGACUUGUUCUUCCCUCGGGUAAAUCUCGUUGGUUUUCUAAAGUUACAUUUACCUUAAAAAAUCCAUACGUUUUGAUAUCACAUUAAGCAUAAAUUUUUUAUGAGAUUGAAUCCCGUUAUCAAGAGAUUUUGUUUAAAAAACAUUCAUAUUAACAUAACUCGUAAUGUUUGUGAUUGUGCGAAUUGUGGAUUAACAAAAUUUCUAUCGCUUCAUGAUUAUUUUUCUUGAACAUACAGUACAUUUUUACAAAGUUCUAUUUUCAGUUAAUUAAUACGUUAUUACGUAACACAAUCAAGUUCUCAGUCAAAUUUAUUGAGUAAAAUUUGGAAUAUUUUUCUUUUAUCAGAACCAGCUCUAUCUAAAUAUUUUUUUAAAAAUUAUUUUCAAAAAAAGGUUUUAAAAAAAUACUAAACAAUUGUUUUAAAAAUCUUUGUGUUAACUAAGAUAACAAAAAUAUCCGUUUAGUUGGUUGUCAUCAGAUCGAUUAAACAGAAAAUUUGCAUGCUUUUGAUUCGACAACGACAUCGAAUGUCGCAUUAACCAACGACGAAAAUCAAACCCUUAACGACUCUUUAGUCCUGCGUGCCUUUCCCGUCAAUCUCGUUAGGCGAGGUCGAGGGUGAAGGGAUUGGCAGUACACGUGGGACAUCACGUGGUAGUACACGUGAGCUAUCACGUGGCACAUUAAGGUUAUCACGGCGAAGGCUCAUAGUGCUCCCCGAUAAGCAAGUAUGCGCCCCUACAUCGCCUAGAUCUAAAUUGCUUAGAUUGAUUUACCCUGGGAACCAUAAGGGGCUCAGAGGAUGUUUUGGAAACCUUUUGGCAUACCUUGAGACAUAUGCUGGUCGCAUGAUUAAGAGUCAAUCUUAUAGACUAGAAUCUAAUUUGAUUUGCAAUGAUAAUUUUGUACAAAUAAUUGACGAGGUAAUAAUAUUAUAUCUAACGACUUGCUCAACAGUGCUGUGAACUAAUAGUUAUUGAAUAAUGAUUAACGGCCAAAUGAUGCAAAAUUUCCUUAUUCCAAGACUCCGCAAAAGGGCGCAGUCACUUACCAACAAGAUAUCGCCUUAUUUAUUUCAUCCACAAUGUCGUCCAAUUAAUGAAUAGAAUAUUUUUUUCUGGUAUAGCAGACCUAAAGAAAUGGAAUUAAGUAAAAAAAUGCGUGUACAUAUUAUUUCCCUCUUAAACCGUAAACCUUGCUCGUUGUAACAUUUUGCCGUCAUCUUGUUUCAUUCGUGAAUAUAUAUAUUUUUUUCUAAUAGACUAUUUUCGGUUUGAUUAGAUUAAGUAGGGAUAAUAUAUCUUCCGAAAAUCUUAUGACGAGAUUUUGAUUUUCUCGAGGCUUGUUAUAAUUUUCUUUGUCCCUUGCUCCAAAUUAAUACGAAAAUAGUCUCCCGGAAAGCUUGAUGACUAAAAAGCUAUAAGAAAAAAAGACAGUUAACAGGUCAUUCUGCUAUUAGCAGAUCCAGGUGUUUGGGUUGCCUGGUGCGUCGAGCGGCCCAUUUUGGCGCCAAAAUCAGGCAGCAAAAACGCAGAGGAACUGCUAUUAUGCUAGCUGUAGAUAGUGAAUGCCUAAAUAGGCAAGUAAAGUUUAGAAUUUGAAAUGUUUUGCACGAAUUUCUGAGUAUUCAGCUCACGGGUUCGUAUAAUGAAUGAUGAAUACUCGAACAUGUUUCUUUGUGUUCAUGCUUAUUAGAGAUACCAGGUUAAGUUGGUACAUACAUGUGCAACAAAUAAAGAAUCUGAACUAUAUAGUUCAUCAAAAUAAAAUCCUCUUUAAUUACA